ACUCUCUCUCUAACCAAACCAAAAACUUUCCAACGAAAAUAAACCAGAGAAAGCUAGCAGAUCAAUCUCUCUCUUUCGAGUACGAACUGUCUUCCUCAGAAACCCUAAAAAAGCCUGCUACAUUCAAAGCUCAGCUCCUUUAUUCAAUCUCCUUCUCCUCCUUCGCCAUUGCUGCUGCUGCUUCUUCUCCUUCUUGUGGUUGUUUUGGCUUGCAGUUUUAUUUUUUCUUUUUUGGAGUAUCUGAUUCGGUCGCAGGAGCUGAUCAAGCUCCAUAGAAACACUAAGGAUCAAGAACUCUGUCAGAUUCUUCUUCUUUUUCUUGCCUUUUCGAAUUUUUAAUUCUUCCUUCUUUGGGUAUAUGUAUUUUUUUUUUGUUCUCGCCAGCUAGAGUUGGAGUAAAAAGGAAUCCUGCACAACUGGAUUCUUGAUUUCUAAGAUGUUUGAGUCCAGCCACCGCUACUCCUCCGACGGUUAUCUCAGUUUCAAGACUACUAAUUCUUCCGACAGUUCAAUGAGUAGUGAGAGUUGUAGUAGCUACAGCCGUCUUUCUUUUGAUAUUGUCACUUUAAGAUCUUCACCUGAAAACCUCUCCCUCAAGCCCCAUCGCGCGUCUGACUUGGCCUACUCUGCCAUCCGCUCCGCUACCUUCCGCCGCAAGUCUGGCCUCACCUUCCGUGACUUUCACCUCAUCCGCCGCAUCGGCUCCGGCGAUAUCGGUACUGUAUAUCUCUGCCGCCUUGCAAGAGAGCAUAACAAGAACUAUAGCAAGGAAAAUGAUGAUGAAUACGAGGAGGAGGAGGAGGAUGAGCGCGAUCAGUUGUGCUUUUAUGCUAUGAAGGUAGUGGACCAGGAGGCCUUGGCAGUGAAAAAGAAGUUGCAUAGGGCAGAUAUGGAGAAGAAGAUCUUGAAAAUGCUAGAUCAUCCAUUUUUGCCCACUUUGUACGCAGAGUUUGAGGCGUCGCAUUUCUCUUGCAUUGUAAUGGAGUACUGUUCUGGCGGUGACUUGCAUUCUUUGAGACAUAGGCAGCCUCAGAAACGCUUCUCUCUCAGCUCUGCAAGGUUUUAUGCAGCGGAGGUUCUUGUAGCUUUAGAAUACCUUCACAUGCUGGGAAUCAUCUACAGAGACCUAAAGCCUGAAAACGUUUUAGUCAGAUCGGAUGGUCACAUCAUGCUCUCAGAUUUUGACCUCUCAUUGUGCUCGGAUGCAGUCCCAGCCGUUGAAUCUCCAUCCUUUUCCCCUGAUUCUACUUCUCCAUCUGCCUUACCCUAUACUCGAUCACACUCUAACAAGACCUUCUCUUGCCUCCUCAACCGGCUCUUCCGAUCCAAGAAAAUCCAAACCUUGAGCCCCAACCGGUUAUUUGUUGCCGAGCCGGUUGCCGCGCGGUCUUGCUCUUUCGUUGGUACCCACGAGUAUGUGGCCCCGGAAGUUGCCUCUGGUGGUUCCCAUGGGAACGCGGUUGACUGGUGGGCGAUGGGAAUUUUUAUCUACGAGCUCAUUUAUGGACGCACGCCGUUUGCAGCUCCAUCAAAUGAGCUCACGCUGCGUAACAUUGUGGAGAAGCCCUUGAGUUUCCCAACCCAUUGCGCAUACUCAUCGCUUGAGCUCCACGCGCGAGAUCUGAUAUCAGGGCUGUUGAAUAAAGAUCCGAGUAGUAGAAUCGGGUCGAAGCGGGGAUCUGCCGACGUGAAAGCCCACCCAUUUUUUAAAGGCCUCAAUUUCGCACUGAUAAGGACGGCGAUACCCCCUGAGAUUCCGGGGUUACGAAAGCAAAGAACGGCAAAGUUUUAUGAAGAGAAGCCUAAAUCAACGGCGUUUGAUUACUUUUAAUUAUGCUCACUGGGAUUCCCUGCCAUAUUUUGCCAUUAUAGGGAAUUGAUGUGUAUAUAUAUAUUUUAUUUUUCCAUCCUUUUUUUCCUUAAAAAAGAGUUAAUCGACAUUACAAGGAAAUUAUGCCAAA